AUGCGUCUGCUACACUACAAUACCGAUGGCGGGUUCAGCCUGGCCGAGUUCUUUGAAGGCGACAUACCCAAGAAGUAUGCUAUACUUUCACACAGAUGGGGAGCAGAGGAGGCCACUUUCAAGGAUCUAACAGACGGUACGAGCAAAGGCAAGGCUGGGCACGGCAAGAUACAGUUCUGCGGAGAACAGGCAAGACGUGACGGCUUACAAUACUUUUGGGUGGACACCUGCUGUAUCGAUAAAUCCAAUGCUGUCGAGCUUCAGGAAGCUAUCAACUCGAUGUUUCGCUGGUACCAGAAAGCGACUAGAUGCUAUGUCUAUUUGUCUGAUGUUUCGAUACGAAAGCGGAAAGCAAGCGAUACGUCUGCCGAGUAUACUUGGGAAUCUGCUUUGCGAGCAAGCGAAUGGUUUAAACGAGGCUGGACUCUGCAAGAGCUUAUUGCGCCGGCAUCAGUCGACUUCUUCUCUAAAGAAGGAGAGCUAUAAGGAAAUAAGGCCUCCUUAGAACGAUACAUCUGCGAGGCAACAGGCAUUCCAGCCAGGGCUCUUCGAGGGAGCCCUUUGUCUGAUUUCAGCGUUGAUGAGCGAUUAUCGUGGGCAGCAAGUCGUGAGACUUUUCGCCAGGAAGACAAAGCAUACUCACUACUUGGCAUUUUUGAUGUCAAUAUGUCGCUCAUCUACAGCGAAGGAAAGGAAAAUGCGUUGAGACGGCUAAAGAAGAAGAUCCAGAAAUUGCAGACAGGUGAAUACCUAAUAAAUCGCUUCAUUAUUAGCUAUCUACUAAUCACUUUUUAAAAGGAGACGAGCAGAAUCCACUUGACCCUGAAAGCCAAAGUUGUAUACAAGACCUGCGGAUAACAGAUCCCCGGGAGGAUAAGAAGCGGAUUGAAGACACGAAGGGCGGGCUACUGCGAGACUCUUACCAAUGGAUCCUUGAACAUCCCGAUUUCCAGCAAUGGCGCGACGAUACACAGAGCCGGCUACUCUGGGUCAAGGGUGACCCUGGUAAAGGUAAGACGAUGCUUAUUAGCGGCAUCCUCGAUGAAUUGAGCCCUUCGACGAAGCUAAGAGACAAAGCGGCAACCACACUAUUGUCGUACUUCUUCUGCCAGGCUACCGAUGGCCGCAUUAAUAAUGCGUCAGCCGCGCUCCGCGGUCUUAUCUACCUACUCAUCGACCAGCAACCAUUGCUCAUCUCGUAUGUGCGGAAAAAGUACGACCACGCUGGCAAGGCCCUUUUUGAAGAUCCAAACGCAUGGGUUGCAUUAUCCGAAAUCUUCACUAGCAUUCUACAAGACCCAAGCUUGACGAGCAUCUAUUUGAUCAUCGAUGCGCUCGAUGAAUGUAAAGCAAAUCUUGACCAGCUUUUGGAUCUAAUUAGUCGAACUGCCUCAACAUCCACUCGCGUGAAAUGGAUUGUAUCAAGCCGUAACGAACCUAACAUUGAGGCGCGGCUGAGACUUGAUCAUACGCAGACGAGGCUUAGCCUUGAGCUCAACAAGGAGCAUGUCUCUCGCGCUGUCCAGUUGUUUAUCGAUUUCAAGGUUUCCAAACUCCGACUUAUUGAGGACGACGGCGAGCUACAGGAGAUAAUUCGAGGUCAGAUAUACGAUAAGGCCAAUGGGACAUUUCUUUGGGCAGCUCUUGUCUUAAAGGAGCUUGAGCCCGUAGAGAGCUGGGACGUGCUCGAU